AUGGAGUCAACAUCAAGUUUUUUAAAAAUUGGUGAUACAGUAGCACUAUAUGCCGAAGGAACUGUGUGUGGUUUUAUCAGCACAUUAGGACUUGUUGAUGAUCGUUGUGUUGUACAACCAGAUGCCGGUGAUUUACAAAAACCCCCAAAAAAAUUUCGAGAUUGUUUAUUUCGAAUAUGUCCUAGUCAUCGUUACAGUGCUCAAGCACAAUUUUGGAAUGCUUUAAAAAGUCCAAAUGGUGUGAGAGAUUUGAAAAAAUUGCAGUUAGCUGCAGAUACGGAAAAACGUCAAAAUGAAGAAGAAAGUCGAAAACAAACAGGAACAGUGAUUAAAUAUGGCGAUACAGUUGUUCAGUUAUUACAUAUCAAAAGUAAUAAAUAUUUAACUGUUAAUAAACGUUUACCGGCAUUUUUGGAAAAAAACGCCAUGCGUGUAUCAUUAGAUCCAAGUGGUACAGAAGGUUCUUGGUUUCAAAUUGAACCAUAUUACAAAUUAAGAGCAAAAGGAGAAAGAGUUGUUGUUGGUGAUAAAGUUGUCUUAAUGCCUUAUAGUGGAGGUCAACCAUUACAUGUUAGCGAAUUAGAACUACCUGAUCAUCCCGGUUCAAAAGAAGUCAAUUCUCAUUUACAAACAAGUUGGAAAAUUGUCUUGUUUAUGUCAUGUCAUGAAGGCAAUAAUGAAGUAUUAAAAAGUGGUGAUAUUGUUCGCUUAUUUCAUGCUGAACAAGAAAAAUUUUUAACCUGUGAUAAUUAUAAAAAGAAAUCAGUUGUUUUUCUUCGUGCAACGGGUCGUGCAUCAGCUACAUCAGCAACAUCAUCAAAUGCUUUGUGGGAAGUUGAAGUUGUACAACAAGAUCCAUGUCGAGGUGGAAUUGGUCAUUGGUCAUCAUUAUUUCGUUUUAAACAUUUGGCUACUGGACAAUAUUUAGCUGCCGAAGUUGAUAAUGAUCAAACAUUUGAUGCAACACGACAAAAAUUGCGUGGACCACCAGGAAUGCCUGUAUUUGCUCUUGUACCCAUUCCACAUGGUUACGAUAUUUCUUCAAUAUUUGAAUUAGAUCCAACAACGAUUACUCGUAAUGAAGAAGCUGUUCCAUUAGGUUCUUAUGUUAGAUUGCAACAUAUAUGCACAAGUACUUGGGUCAAUUCUCAUUUACAAACAAGUUGGAAAAUUGUCUUGUUUAUGUCAUGUCAUGAAGGCAAUAAUGAAGUAUUAAAAAGUGGUGAUAUUGUUCGCUUAUUUCAUGCUGAACAAGAAAAAUUUUUAACCUGUGAUAAUUAUAAAAAGAAAUCAGUUGUUUUUCUUCGUGCAACGGGUCGUGCAUCAGCUACAUCAGCAACAUCAUCAAAUGCUUUGUGGGAAGUUGAAGUUGUACAACAAGAUCCAUGUCGAGGUGGAAUUGGUCAUUGGUCAUCAUUAUUUCGUUUUAAACAUUUGGCUACUGGACAAUAUUUAGCUGCCGAAGUUGAUAAUGAUCAAACAUUUGAUGCAACACGACAAAAAUUGCGUGGACCACCAGGAAUGCCUGUAUUUGCUCUUGUACCCAUUCCACAUGGUUACGAUAUUUCUUCAAUAUUUGAAUUAGAUCCAACAACGAUUACUCGUAAUGAAGAAGCUGUUCCAUUAGGUUCUUAUGUUAGAUUGCAACAUAUAUGCACAAGUACUUGGGUACAUAGUACAAAUAUUAAAUUAGAUCCAGAUGAUGAUAAUGUCAGAUUUAAGAUUGGCUGUGCUCAAACAAAAGAGGAUAAAGAAGCAUUCCAAAUCGUACAUGUUUCACCUGACGAAGUGAGAGAUCUUGAUUUUGCUAAUGAUGCUGCACAACAUUUUGAUAUGACAGUAUCUAAAUGGGAAAAAUUAGGAACAACCAAUGUACAUGUCAAUGAGAGAAAACAAGUGAAUCAAUUAUUAACGGAUAUUGUUUAUUUUUUGGCUUGUCAAGAAAAUAAUGGAAGUGAUCCAUUCGAUGUACAAAUAACAAAACCAAAUCGAGAACGACAAAAAUUAAUUCGUGAACAAAAUAUUCUAAAACAGUUAUUUCGUAUAUUAAAAGUAUUAAAACCUCGACUCGAAUUUGAACGUAGUCAAAAGAGUGAUGGAAAAGUUGAUAGUUUACCGGUAUCUCUAUCUCAGCAACAAUUACAACAACAGCACUCACAAACGAAAGAUGAACAACAGCAACAACAACAACAACAACAGCAACAAUUAGUUCAACAAUUAGUUUCACAACAAGAUGCCGAUGUUCGAUAUUCGACAACAUUCUAUCAAAUGAAAACAAUUUGUAGACUGUGUUACAGAAUACUAAAACAUUGUCAACAAGAAUAUAGAAAAAAUCAAGUAAGAAAAAUAACGUUAUAA